AUGGAUGUGAACCUGUCCUCAGUAUCAUUUCUUCCCUUCCAAACAGGGGAAGAGGCCCUAGAUUCCCUUAAAAGGGGGGUUGCUAAAGAUGAGGAGCUUGAUUUGAUAGUAGCGGAAGUUCAUCCUGGCAAUACAGAGGUGGGCACCUUGGGGCUAUUUCACCACAUCCUGAGUGAACUUGAAGUGCCUCUCAUCACUAUGUGUGCCUAUGAUGAGGCAGUCUCUGCACGCAUGACUCUUGGAACAUGCUUCAAUGUGGUUAAGCCGUUGGAUACUGAAACCGUCAAUUUUCUGAGGAUGAGAGCACUGCAACACAGGUCUAUCAAAAAUCACAGGUCUGUGGCUGAGGAUGAAGAACAAGAUGCGUUAAACGCGAAUGUCUAUCCAUAUAAUCUGGGUCGGUUCAUAUGGAGCAGUGAACUCCAUGAAAAGUUCUUGCAGGCUGUCGAAGUGCUUGGGGCGUCUGCUACGGCUAGAAAAAUUCACCAGUACAUGAAUGCAAAGGAUUUGAAUUUGACCAUACAGCACGUCGCAAGCCAUCUCCAGAAACACCGGCUGCGAGGGCAGAGGCAGAGGUUAUCUCACGAUGAAGAGGGCUACCAACAUUAUGCCAGCAUGAAGGAAUUAUCUGAGAUGAUUUCAUCAGCGUACAAGGCAGUCAGUACUAAACCCAAUAAUCAUCUGGCAACAACCCAGACGCAGUUCACACAUGGGGUUGCCUCUGCUAUCUGGGACAAGUACCCCGGGAUGGUGUGGCCACAUGUGGAGGGAAGUUCAGCUGCCUCUGCUAUGUGGUACAAUUACCCCGGAAAGCCGUGGAGACAAGUGGGGAAGAGUUCAGCCAGUGCACGAGUUUCUCAGACUAAUGCACGCCCACCUCCAGUUCUGAUACAUGGUACCAAGUCCAUCUGGGAUAGGUACGAGGAGAGCCUGCAGUACUAUAAUGAGAGCCUGUCAUACAAACGCGAGGUGUUGCCUGUAAAGAGCAAAGCACUUGCUGGAUAUGGACGCAAGAUUUUCAUCAAUCUGGAGAGAGAGGAGACCAGUCGUACUGAAGCAUCAGGCAAGAUUGUCAUCAACCUGGAGAGCCAUGACAUGCAGAAAGACACCACGGACGACGUGCACGCCGCAGUUACACCGCAGGAAGACACAAUGGACGAGGUGCACGUCGUAGUUACUCUGCAGAAAGACACCAUGAACGAGGUGCAUGCCGCAGUUACUCUACAGAAAGACAACUACCAACCCGCUGCAGAGAAUGUGCAGUCUAGUGACUGGGAAGAGGUGGAGAAAUUCUGGAUGAACCAGAUGGGAGGACAGGGGCAGGAGCAGCAAGUCCUUGAACCAAUGGAUCUGCUCCAGAUAGACGGCAUCGACCCAGAGGAACUGCUCCAGGAAGACGAAACCUGGAACCAGGCGCUUCAGCCAGCAAAUCCGGUGAACGUCGUGGACAACGCACCCAUGGCUGAAGAACCGGCCGCUGGAAACGCCCUGGCGUACGAUCCUGCGAACCAGUCCGGUGUCGCCGACAACGUGCUCUAG